AUGGCGAGACCUUCGAAGCGGGAGGUUUCUUCAGACGAGGCUGGCUCGUCGGAGGAGGAAGAGGUGCAAGUGAACGAUCAGGUCAAUGUGGAAGAAGAUGACGAGGAGCUCGAGGCCGUUGCUCGCUCCGCGGACUCCAAUGACGAAGCACCCGUCUCUGACGACGAGAUUGUCCCCGCGGAAGAUGACGACGACGACGGCGAGGUAGCACUUCCGUUUCUUUUCGCCCUCUUCGAUUCGCAUUCUCAUGUCCGCUCUGUGAUUUUGGGGAUUGUUGUACUUGGAAUUGAGAAAGCUAUUUUAUCACGGUUAAGAUUCUCUGGUUUAGUUCGAGUCAUAUGGUUUCGUACUUUCAGUUCUUGUUGUUUGAAGGACGAAGUGGACGAGGCAAAAGCUGAAAUUAGCAAACGUGAGAAGGCCAGACUUAAAGAAAUGCAGAGGAUGAAGAAGCAGAAAAUUCAGGAAAUUUUAGACGCCCAAAAUGCUUCCAUAGAUGCAGAUAUGAACAAUAAAGGAAAGGGGAGAUUGACGUAUCUUCUGCAGCAAACUGAGUUAUUUUCACAUUUUGCUAAAAGUGACCCAUCUACGUCUCAGAAGAAGGGGAAAGGAAGGGGUCGUCAUGCUUCCAAACUAACUGAAGAAGAGGAAGAUGAAGAAUGUUUAAAGGAAGAAGAGGGUGGUGUACCUGGAUCCGGAAGCACACGAUUGCUCACACAGCCCGCGUGUAUUCAGGGGAAAAUGAGAGAUUACCAAUUAGCUGGUUUAAACUGGCUCAUUCGGUUGUAUGAGAAUGGCAUAAAUGGGAUUCUUGCAGAUGAAAUGGGCCUGGGGAAGACACUUCAAACAAUUUCUUUGUUGGCUUACCUGCAUGAAUACAAGGGAAUUAGUGGCCCUCAUAUGGUAGUUGCUCCUAAAUCAACCCUUGGUAACUGGAUGAACGAAAUUCGCCGAUUUUGUCCUGUCCUGCGUGCUGUGAAAUUCCUUGGAAAUCCUGAGGAAAGGAGACAUAUUCGUGAAGAACUGCUAGUUGCGGGGAAAUUCGACGUUUGUGUUACAAGCUUUGAGAUGGCUAUUAAAGAGAAGACGUGCUUGCGUCGCUUUAGCUGGCGUUACAUAAUCAUUGAUGAAGCACAUCGAAUCAAGAAUGAGAAUUCACUCCUUUCAAAAACCAUGAGACUUUUUAGCACCAAUUAUCGGCUUCUUAUUACGGGAACCCCACUUCAGAAUAAUCUCCAUGAGUUGUGGGCUCUUCUCAAUUUCCUUCUGCCUGAGGUUUUUAGUUCAGCAGAGACUUUUGACGAGUGGUUUCAAAUUUCUGGUGAAAAUGACCAGCAAGAAGUUGUUCAACAGCUUCAUAAGGUUCUCCGACCAUUUCUUCUUCGGAGGUUAAAAUCGGAUGUAGAGAAAGGUUUACCUCCAAAAAAGGAGACGAUACUCAAAGUUGGCAUGUCUCAGAUGCAAAAACAGUACUACAAGGCGUUACUGCAGAAGGAUCUUGAAGUGAUUAAUGGUGGUGGAGAACGUAAACGUCUGUUGAACAUAGCAAUGCAAUUGCGCAAAUGCUGCAACCACCCUUAUCUCUUCCAGGGUGCAGAGCCCGGUCCCCCCUAUACCACAGGAGAUCACCUUGUAACUAAUGCAGGUAAGAUGGUUCUCUUAGAUAAAUUGCUGCCUAAGUUGAAGGAACGCGAUUCAAGGGUUCUGAUAUUUUCCCAGAUGACAAGGCUUUUGGAUAUUCUUGAGGAUUAUUUAAUGUAUCGUGGUUACCAGUACUGCCGUAUUGAUGGAAAUACUGGUGGCGACGACCGAGAUGCUUCCAUAGAAGCCUACAACAAGCCAGGAAGUGAGAAAUUUGUUUUCUUGUUAUCCACUAGAGCUGGAGGGCUUGGUAUCAAUCUUGCUACUGCAGAUGUUGUGAUCCUUUAUGACAGUGACUGGAAUCCCCAAGUUGACUUGCAAGCUCAAGAUCGUGCACAUAGGAUUGGUCAAAAGAAAGAAGUCCAAGUAUUCCGUUUCUGCACCGAGAAUGCAAUUGAGGCAAAAGUGAUUGAGAGAGCCUACAAGAAGUUGGCACUUGAUGCUCUCGUAAUUCAGCAAGGGAGAUUGGCAGAACAGAAAACUGUUAAUAAGGAUGAAUUACUCCAAAUGGUGAGAUAUGGUGCUGAACUGGUGUUUAGUUCUAAAGAUAGCACAAUUACGGAUGAGGAUGUUGACAGAAUUAUUGCCAGAGGAGAAGAGGCAACGGCUGAACUUGAUGCGAAGAUGAAGAAAUUUACUGAAGAUGCUAUACAGUUUAAAAUGGAUGACAGUGCUGACUUUUAUGAUUUUGACGAUGACAGUAAGGAUGAGAACAAGUUCGAUUUUAAGAAGAUUGUGAGUGAGAAUUGGAAUGAUCCACCAAAAAGAGAGAGAAAGCGCAACUACUCUGAAACUGAAUACUUCAAGCAAACAUUGCGUCAAGGUGCUCCAGCUAAACCCAAGGAGCCUAGAAUUCCACGCAUGCCGCAGUUGCAUGAUUUCCAGUUCUUCAACAAUCAGAGAUUGACCGAGCUGUUUGAGAAGGAAGUGCGACACCUUAUGAAAACACAUCAGAAAACUCAGAUAAAAGACACAGUUGAAGUUGAUGAACCUGAAGAAGUUGGAGAUCCCUUAACUGCUGAAGAAGUGGAAGAAAAGGAGCAAUUGUUGGAGGAGGCAAGUGAACCCGGUUUCUCAACAUGGAACAGAAGAGACUUCAACACCUUCAUUAGAUCUUGUGAGAAGUAUGGCCGGAACGAUAUAAAAAGUAUUGCCGCUGAGAUGGAAGGGAAAACUGAGGAAGAGGUUGAACGAUAUGCUGAAGUUUUCAAAGAGCGAUUCAUGGAGCUGACUGAGUACGAUAGAAUCAUCAAGAAUAUUGAGAAAGGGGAAGCAAGAAUCUCUAGGAAAGAUGAAAUCAUGAAAGCUAUUGGGAAGAAACUAGAUCGUUACAGGAACCCGUGUCUGGAACUGAAGAUUCAGUAUGGUCAGAACAAAGGGAAGCUGUACAAUGAAGACUGUGACCGUUUCAUGAUAUGCAUGGUCCAUAAGCUUGGUUAUGGAAACUGGGAUGAACUAAAGCAUGCUUUUCGGACAUCCGCCACGUUUAGCUUUGACUGGUUUGUAAAGUCCCGUUCAAGUCAGGAACUUGCCAGAAGAUGUGACACACUGAUCCGGCUGAUUGAGAAGGAGAACCAGGAGUAUGAUGAGAGAGAGAGGCAAGCCCGUAGAGAGAAGAAGCUUGCAAAGACUGCAACGCCUUCAAAGCGAGCUUUGGGUAGGCAAGCAAAUGAGAGCCAUUCAUCCUUGAAGAAACGAAAGCAGCUGUCAAUGGAUGAUUUCGUGAGCUCGGGAAAGCGUAGGAAGUAA